UCAAAGCUAAACAAAGUUUCGCCUUUCCCCGCCUGUCCCAGUGGCCGCGGUUACGCAAAAACGUUUCCAAAACUCCGGGCGCAAACGUUUUCGGGCGAGAAAAUGUUGCGAAAAUCGUUGGCCGCGCUGGUUCCGUUAGCGGGCACUUCCCGCCCCCUGCACACAACGGCCGUGUGCAGCGAAAUUCGCAAAAUGGCUCGGCUGCGCGUGGUAGACAACAGCGAGAUCGGCAAGCGAGCCAUGGCGGAGGGCAAACCGCCCAAGUGCAUUCACGUGUACAACAAGCAGAGCGUGGGCAUGAUCGGCGACAAGGUGCUAGUAGCGAUCAAGGGGCAGAAGAAGAAGGGCAUCCUGGUCGGGUGCAAGCAGUUCCAGAAGCCCAAGAUACCCAAGUUCGACAGCAACAAUCUGGUGCUGAUCGACGACAACGGGACACCGCUCGGCACGCGCAUUCACGUGCCCAUUCCGACCAUCCUGCGCACGAUACUGAAGGAGAAAACGCAGGCAAAGGGGGCGGACUACACGAAGCUGCUCGGUAUAGCUAGUAGAUUUGUUUAAUAAAUCAAAAAGUUUGUUGGUUUUACAGGA